CGGAGCUAGGUAGCACCCGGUGAAGAGACGAUUCGGAAACGGAGGACAUUUGUGGCGUUUUUAGCGCUGUCAUAAGCAGCGGGGAUGAAUAUUCUUCCCAAGAAGUCGUGGCACGUCCGGAACAAGGACAACGUAGCUCGCGUGCGACGGGACGAAGCGGAGGCUGAAGCUCAGCGGCAAAAGAGGGAGGCCCGAGUCCUGCUAGCUGAACAGGAGGCCCGGACUGAAUUCUUACGGAAGAAAGCACGCCUGUCAGCUCCAGGAGGUGUUGAGAGCAGCUCAGACCUUGUUUCUUUGGGUUCAGAAAAGCCCUCAGAACAUCUUAACCUCUUUCAAGGGUUGCAAGAGAACGGCAACAAAGAAUACGAGGAGGAGAAGAAGCAGGAGAAGGAGCGAAAGGAAAAAGCUCUGGGUAUCCUCACUUACCUGGGCCAGAGUGCAGUCGAGUCUCAGACAAGUUGCCCCUGGUACCAAGAGCUGCCGGAUCGUGGCAAAACCGUUGCCAAGGAUGAGAAACUUAAGGGGAACCUGGACCCCCUGGCUGAGAUGGGAAAAUAUUUGCAUAAGAAGAAAUGCUCUCAUAAAAAGGAAGACAAGAAAGAAAAAGGAAAAUGGAGGCAAAAAGAAAGCAAAGGAAACCUGGCAGCCAGGCCUCCAUCUCCUUCGACAUCAUGGUCUCUGGAACAGCUGCGCCAGGAAAGGUUGCACCGUGAACAGGCAGAACGAGCUCGCACAGAAUCUCUUCUUGCCCAGAGAUCUGGAAAGGGUCCGCUCAGGGAGGAAGAGGAGGAAAUGGAUGAAAGGAAACGUGGCUACAACUCACAGUUCAACCCCCAGCUGGCAAGAAAGAGAGCCGUGAAAGACAGUAGAAUCGAGUGGGUGUAGCGAAAGCGUGAAAUCUGGUAAUCAGACCCAGUUUCUCCAGCGGUUACCAAGCAAAAUAUUCUUGUUCAGUGCAAAAUGCCUUAUGGAAUUCCUGGCCAUAAACCUGCAGUAUCAGGCUGGAAAACUUGUCACGUGGCUUCUAGCACGUCUACUCAGUUAUAACCAUCAUUCCUUGGAACACAUCUUUGAGCAGGGAAAUCAGCCAAGCAAUCAGUAAAUCUAUUUUUGCUGUUUGCCUUAGAUUGCCAACAGGAGAGAGAAAAAUCGCACAAAGUUGGGUUGGUAAAAGGUACAAGUUCCUGCCUGUUAACCUGCUUCAGUAACUUACCUGCCUUAUUCUUUAUAGCCUUCCUGAAGGAAAAUAAAACUUGCAGUAUCUAUAGGGCACC